UGGAGGCCCAGUGCUCCCAGUUCGCGGCGGCCAUCAUGGGCGCGUGCAAGAACAGCGAGGAAGUGGAGACGCUGCUCUCCCAGACCGGAGGCUUUCCUACCACCAGACCGUUCCGCUUUCCCAGACUCUCCCUGGCCAUCCUGCUCGACCAGAAGGACUUUGUCGGCCACGCCAACUGCCAGCAGGUCCUGCGUUCCCUCUGGUACAAUGGCCUUCCCGCCUGGCCUGGCUGGACAACCACCCGGAAAGCAGUUCACGUGACCUGGCAGGCGCUGCAGAUGCCGUUCCUCUGCUUGCUCUACCUUUUCACACCGCAGCCGCGGCUGCUCAAGCCGCUCCGAGUGCCCCUGAAUAGGUUCAUCCACAGCUGCGCGUCGUACGCAACCUUCCUGGUGCUGCUGACCAUGUCGCUCUUCUACGGCCGGAGGGACAGCCUCAAAUUGAGGGUCCUCUGGUCCGAAAUCCUGGUCGGCAUCUGGGUGGUCGGUUACGUCUGGGAGCUGGCGCAGAGCGGAUGGGCACUGGGCCCGAGGGUCUUCCUCAGGUCCUGGUGGGCCGUUUACGACGUCCUCAUGUACGGCCUCUUUCUCGUGGCCGAGAUCCUCUGGUUCAUCGUAUUCGUGACCGCUAGGACACUGCAAGAGAACCUGCAUCGGGACGUGUGGCCAUGGUACCAUCCGUACCUCAUCGGUGAGUCCCUGCACGCCAUGGCCACGGUGCUGGCCUUCUGCCGGCUGUUGCUCUGGUGCCAGAUGCACCAGUCCCUGGGACCCCUGACCGUGUCCCUGCGUUACAUGUUGGGCGACGUCGUCCGGUUUCUCCUCAUCCUCUGCAUCGUGUUCUUCGCCUUCGCCACCGGCAUCAGCUCCAUCUACAAAAACUAUAAGGGCAACGAGGCCAUCCUGACGAAUGGCACCACCAAGCAUCAGCCGCCCAACUUCACUACACUGGGGCGCACCCUCAAGUACCUCUUCUGGGCCGUGUACGAGCUGGGCCAGCCGGAGUACGCGGACGUCGUGGUGCCGGGGGACGCCAGGGGAGGCGGCAAGCUGGUCACGCACGACCUCACCGAGUUCGUGGGCUACUCGCUCUGGGGCCUGUACCACGUGAUCACCGUCGUCGUCCUGCUCAACGUCCUCAUUGCCAUGAUGACCAACACUUUUCAAAGGGUCGAGGGCAACGCGUACGUGGAGUGGAUCUUCGCGCGGUCCUCUCAGUGGAUCUCCUACCUGGACAUCCAGGCCGGAGUGCCUCCCCCAUUCAACCUGUUCCCGACUGCGGGCUGCCUGCGCCUCAUCGUCUCCUGGCGGUGCUCCAAGGGCCAGAAGGGAUCCUCCUGCUACCCUCAAACCUGGGACUUCGAGGGAACCGCAGACAAAGAAGGGCAAAUGUCCUACCAGGACCUGGUGCUGGUGCUGAGUCGGCGGAUCCUGCAGAUGCGCGACACGGCCGAGCGCGAGCUGUUCGAGGUGAAUCGGUCGUCGAGUCGCAGCAGCGCACGGCCGGACCUGCUUCUCGGCGACGCCGCCGGCGCGGCCCCGGAGCUCCGCAAGCACCUGGCACAGCCCCGGAGGCACUCCAGAGGCCGGACGCCCUGAACGGGACCGGGCAGCGUGUUCGCAAAAGCUGGGGGAGUUAAGACCCGUUCACGCAUCCGAAUUCCUGUGAUCUCCUACGACGAGAGGACACACUCGCCCGCUGGCGCCAUCUACGAGGUGGCCCUGGAACUUCACCUUAAGAGAGCGAAGGUUUUGUGCUACUCGCGAAAUCAAAUGUACGUUCUAUCUACGAGAAAUGGUCGUUUAUAACGUUGUCAAGUUUUCCGAACCAAGAAAAAGUGAUGCGAGAAAAAAAAAAAGAAGGAAAUAUAUGGAAAUCCUAAGUGUUCCGCGGUUACCCAAUAGAUGGCGCCAGUGCGUUCUCUCGUCAGCUCUCGUCGGAAGAGGUCUCAAGAGGUUUUAAGGCAAACGGUCGUUGGCUGUCGUGUGCAAACCAGCCUUUAGUCAGCAGGUCGAAUUCCCCACUUUGAUCGGUGCAUUUUCACUGACA